AUGUCGCGAGCGACGGCCGACGCGGCGUACGCCGCGGCGCAUGCUGCUGGCGCUUCGCGGGCUGAGGCUUGCGACGCCGCCGUGAGGGCGGUGAGGGCGGACGAGGGUGAGGCUCAGGCCUCGUUCCUCGUGCGCGCGGGGGCGCUAGCGAAGGAGGAGGAGCCAGAGCCCGGGGAGGAUUGGGAGGGGGGUCGGCCGGAGGAGCGCUUGGCAGUUCAAAAUUCGCGGGCGGUGAGGGCGGACAGGGUUGAGGCUCAGUCCUCCUUCCGUGUGCGCGCUGGGUGGUACGGCUCCAGCCGUGAUGCUGAUGGGGGUGGGGAGGAGGCGGCGAACCAGCUGAGCAAUAAACUUUCGCACGCUCAGCACCUGGACGAGGUCACAUGGACCACCAAGAACUGGCACGGGCUGCAGAUGCAGCGCUUGUCUGUCGUCCUCCACACCGCCGUGGCGUGGCAGACGGUGAACGAGCUAGCGUGCGGGGAGAGCGGCAUUGUGCAUGGUGCGGAGUGCAUUGCCGUUCUUAACGGAGUCGCUUAG